AUGGCUAGAACAUUUUUUGUUGGUGGUAACUUUAAGUUAAACGGAUCCAAGCAAUCCAUUAAGGAGAUUGUGGAGAGAUUGAACACGGCUUCAAUUGCAGAGAACGUUGAGGUUGUUAUCUGUCCACCUGCUCCAUACUUGGACUAUGCAUCUUCGUUAUUGUCCAAAAGCCAAGUUUCUGUGGGUGCACAGAACGCGUACUUGAAGGCUUCUGGUGCGUACACUGGUGAGAACUCUGUGGAGCAAAUCCGUGAGGUUGGUGCCAAGUGGGUGAUUUUGGGGCACUCCGAAAGAAGAACUUACUUCAAGGAGGACGAUGUCUUGGUUGCAGACAAGACUAAGUUUGCCCUAGAACAAGACGUUGGCGUGAUCUUGUGUAUUGGUGAGACUUUGGAAGAAAAGAAGGCUGGUGUGACUUUGGAUGUUGUCAAGAGACAAUUGAAGGCUGUUUUGGACAAGGUUUCCGACUGGCGCAACAUCGUGAUCGCUUAUGAACCAGUCUGGGCUAUUGGGACCGGGUUAGCUGCUACUGCAGACGACGCCCAGGAUAUCCACCACUCCAUCAGAGAAUUCUUGGCUGAACAGUUGUCGCGUGAAGCUGCAGACAAGAUCAGAAUCCUAUACGGUGGUUCUGCUAAUGGAUCGAACGCUGCCUCUUUCAAGGACAAGGCCGAUGUCGAUGGGUUCUUGGUUGGUGGUGCGUCUUUGAAACCAGAAUUCGUGGACAUCGUCAACUCCAGACAAUGA